AUGGGCUACAAUCGCACAGAUCCGGUUCCGAACGCUCCCAUGCUAUCAGACGAACAGGAUCUGUUGGACAUGCGCCCCUCGUCAUUUCCACCCACAGCAUCACAUCAUCUGCUCGCGCUUUCCUCCUGCUUCGGUACCGACCAGAAGAAAGGGGGUCCUUUACAGAGUGGAAAACAUCAGAAGAUGUACUUAUACCACAUCAAAAGCGUGACUGCAGAGAGAGUAUCAGGAUCGCUUGCCUACGCAUACGACCGCAUCUUGAAGGUGCUUAUGCUUCCCGAAACAAAGUUGGGUGAGGCUAUUGUCACGCUUUCUCAAUUCCCACUUUUCUGA